UCGCCGUUUAGUAGCCACCAACAGUGCUCCAUUGCGGUGGAGCACCGAGCAGGAAGGAAACAUAAACGUCUUUUUCUCCCUCUCCCCCCCCCCUCCUCAUCUGCCACACAGUUUCUUGCGCGUCACUGGGGCGCCAGAAAACCUCCUCGAAACGAGGCAAUAAUGGGCCCGACUCCGUCAGGCAACCGGUUGUCGGCGAAGAAGAGGAGCUGGAGAGGUCCUACUGCAAUUCAUUUAUUGGACCAUGAUAUCCUCUGCAUCAUCUUCUCAUUUCUCGGCUUUUUUGAUCUCGUCCGUUGUUCUGCCGUUUGCAAAUCCUGGAAUGCGAUAAUCAAAAGAUCAAAGCUACUUCAAGUGCUUUAUUUGAAGCAGAUGAAGGAGAAUUCUGUUGGAUUUUCGAAUAGUUCUAGUGGUUUAGAGGAAUCAUUGAGUAGGUAUCUGGAGGAGCUAGCUAUGGACCAUCAUAGGCGAGCUUUACUCAAAGCUUCUUCUAUCCAUAUUGAUCAAUGGACAGCCCAUUCCGCUAGGGUUGACCAGUGCCGUAUGAGGAUGGGCUUGAUUCUUACUGGUGUAGGGGAUAAGGUUAUGCGUCUUUGGUCAUUAGAAAGCUACAAAUGUGUUGAGGAAUACUCUCUCCCAGAUGCAUGCCCCUUAGUUGACUUUGAUUUCGAUGAGAGCAAGAUUGUUGGUUUGGUUGGCACACGGCUAUGCUUAUGGAGGCGCAACGGGCGGAUGAGCACAUUUCCUUCUCAUCAAGGCACAUUUAUGAAGGGUCUAUGCAUGCGUUACCUUGAUCCGGAAGCUGUUGUUGGAUGUGAGGAUGGUACAGUUCGUGUUUUUGACAUGUACAGUAGGAAAUGUUCUAAAAUUAUUAGGAUGCAUCCAGAGCCUGUAACUUGCUUAUCUUUGGGUGAUGAUCAGUUAAUUCUUAGUGGUUCCUCGCUGGGAAGGAUCACAGUAUCUGGUUAUUCAUCUGAUCAGUGGAAAACUACACUAAGACCCACUGAUUCCACAGGAAUAAAGACACUGUGUUUCAACCCCCGGUCUCAUCUAGUCUUUGCAGGAACAACAGCUGGAUAUACAUCUUGCUGGGACCUCAGGAUGAUGAGACGAUUAUGGGAGACGCGAGUGAGUCCAAACGUUGUAUAUUCUUUACAGCAUCUGAGCAAUGACAAAUCGACAUUGGUAGUCGGAGGAAUAGAUGGCGUGCUACGAAUACUGGAUCAGGACUCUGGUGAGGUUCUCUCAAGCUAUGUUAUGGACCAUGAUGCCUCAUCAAGCUCCUCUAAUUAUGCACAUGGAGAAAUCAAAAGAAGAAGAGGGAAAAAGCUCUCUGUUGAUGCCAACAUCGACCAAAUUCCUCGAAGCGUUAGACCUUCCAUCACAUGCUUGGCUGUUGGGAUGAAGAAGGUGGUCACUACACAUAAUAGCAAGGAAAUCAGAUUGUGGAAGUUCAAGAAAUGAGAGAAAUAGCAUUUGAUUAAUAGACUAAUGAGUAGAACAGUGUAAUUUUCCUUUUCUUUUGCAAUUAUCUUUGAUUAGCAA